CAAACAAAUUCAUGUCCAAAAAAACACAACACCAAAGAUAUAUCAAAUUUUGCAUUAAACAAUGUGUGGUUUUGUUAUGGCUUCAAAGCAAGAACCAAAGUUUCCUUUGAGACUUUUGGUUGACAAAGAAAAAAACCAAGUAGUUGUAGCUGAAUCAAAAAGUGACUUAAUAGACAUUUUAUUUAGUUUUCUCACACUUCCAUUAGGAACCAUCAUAAGGCUACUCUCCAAAAAUCAACAUCAUAAUAUUCAUGAUUAUGAUGAUCAACCACAAGAGGAAAAUAUUGGUUGCAUCAACAAUCUUUACAAGAGUGUUGAAAAUUUAAGUGAUGGUGUUUUUUGGAACAAUACAUGCAAGGAAAUGUUGCUUUGUCCAAGAAAUUCUUGUGAGUCAGUUUGCAAGAAUUUGAAGUUGAAUUUGGAUGAUACUAAGCCUAAAAAGUACUUUAUGUGUGGAAGGUGUUGUAGAGGAAGUGAUUUGUUUUUGAGUACUUUUGAUGGAGCUAGUUGUUCUUGUGGGAAAUUGAUGGACAAAGAAAUGAAGUUGCAUGGUGAUUUUAGUGAAGAGGGUCAUAAUAAUGAGGAUGGUGUUUUUGUUAAGAAAGGAACUUUGUAUUUGAUUUUUAAUGAUUUGAAAGUGUUGCAAAACUCUCCUGGUAACUCUGUUCAGCAACUUAUUCAACUUGGCUACAAAAAUUUUAAUAAGUUGACACAAAUUUCCUUGAAUGUUGGCUUGAAUGAGAUUUUGCACUUACUAAAGCAAUCAUUAAUCUCCAAAUCUCCUCUUACUGAUGUAUUUUUGGCAAAUGGAGAAUUUAAAAGGAUGUACACUUUCUCACCAAAACAAGGACCAAAAAUUGAAAAUUGGACUAAUAUAAAACUCAAGGUAAUGGUGAGAAAAUCAAAGAAAAAGAUACUAUAUGCUGAAGCAGAGGGAGAUUUUAUUGAUUUUCUAUUUAGUUUCCUCACAACACCUAUUGGAUCUAUUCUAAAGCAAUUGAAUGGAAAUUUUUCUAUUGGAAGCAUAGAUAACUUGCACAAAAGUGUGAAAGAAUUCAAUCCUUCAUGGUUCAUAAGUCCUUUAGGUAAUCCUUUACCAAAUCCAAAAGUGGCUUCUCAAUUUGGAUGUAUGAAGCAACCAUUAAAAAAUCUUUGUGAAGAAUAUAAUCAUACUUAUUGGUAUGGUAAAGGUGUGGUUAAAAAUCAUAUAUGUUAUUCAAAUGUGAAUGGAGUGAUUUCAAAGGACAAAAGUUUGAUAAAAAAUCCAAUAGCCAUGAAGGUUUUUGAUCCAAGAUCACCUUUUGGCAAAAUUGAAUAUGCUUUGGGAUUUGUUAAGAGACCAUCAUUAUUUGUUGUGUGGGAUGAUUUGCAUGUGACACCAUUUGCAAAUACUUCUAGCAUUUCAUUUUUGCACAAGAUGAAUGUACCAUUGGAUGAUUUGGAGGAGCAUAUAGUUAGCAUUGGAGAGAUAGAGGCACUGAACCUAUUGGGAGCUUCUUUGACUUCUUCCAAAGAUGUUUUGACAGAAGGCUUGUUCCAUCACCUAAAGAAGUCAAAGGAAGAAGCUACAACUUGAACACUUGUCUAGAUGUUGAUAAGAGGAAGACUAAUAUAUAUAUACCCAGCAAAUAGUUUCAUUUCAUAAUUAUGUUUCAACUAUUUUGUUUCAAACUUGUAUUGCUCUGUUUGUUAAUGUAAUUUAUAUACAUGCAUUUGUAUGUUGCGAUUAUUUUUAAUAAGUGGAAGUUUGGUUUCUUAUGUAGGUUUAUUUAAACA